AUGAAGCGGCAGCGUCCCUCGCUGGACACGUCGUUCAGCUCGCUUUCUCUGGCAAAGAGUACACCCCUAGUGUCCUCAAACGACGUCCAGAGACUCCGAACAGACUCGGCCGCGUCGCACUCGUCGUCCUCCGUUGCGUUUGCGACCCCUCCAGAGGGACAAUCUCCACGCAGAUACCCACACACAAUCCAUGCUGUCUCUUCUUCACGAGUGACAGAUACACCUACCAGCGACCAUGCCAUCCUCUCCCCCAACAGCCGCAAGUUUGGUGGUUCGACCGACGCUCCAGUUCAGAAAGCUCAGGAGGUGCACGAAUACGUCAAAACCAAAUACGACUAUACAGCUGAAAAUCCAGAGGGGCUUUCGUUUUACGCCGGUCAGUUCAUUCAGGUGCUCACAAAGACUGAGAGUGGAUGGUGGAACGGGAGACUGGCCGACAAGCAAGGAUGGUUUCCCUACACGUAUGCGUAUACAGAGUCGCCUACAUUUGUCCCGGUGUAUGCACAGUCAAACCAAACGACCGCGGUGCAGCGUCCCCCAAAACCUGUCAGCCUUGAAUCCCCAUCCGACUCGCAGACAGGCUACUUUGCUGUUGGACGUGCACACCCUAGCACACGUGGAGCGAAUAAUCCCAUCUCUUCGUACAAGUCCAAUAACCCAUACCGACGGGUAUCCGUGAUUGAGACUGUCCCCCCUGUCACCCGACCCUCAGCCCUCAGUCGAUCCAUCUCAGCACAAAACCUCGUGUCCGCCCAUUCAACCUUUACUCAAACACGGCCUCAGCCACAUUCGCGACGUCCUUCGCAAGUGGCCACUCAACUUGCUACACAACGCACAGCUGGCGUUUCUACACCCGGUGGGGUUCAAACACCCAACCUUGCGCCUUUUGCAACCGACGACUGGAAUUCACUCUCCUUUGAGGAUUUGAUCGUGCUCCAAAACCUCUUGUCCUAUCCGUCUCCAAUCUCGCGCCUCCGCCACCCGGACUCGACGCCAUUUGAAGAUGCAUUGAACAAGCGAUUUCUCGCAGUCCUCCAAGCGACUAGUCCCGACGGCGUAGAGUUGUCGGGCAAGACCAACAGCGUACUAUACCUCGAAAUCGUGCAUCGUGCACUCUGGAUCUUGGAGAAUGCUGCCGUCGCAACAGCACUUCAAUGGGAAUCGACAGAAGGUGCCAAUCUUGUCACAACCUUUGCUAUUCCAGAGUCUGUACAGACCGCUCUGGCCAACAGCGCACGCGAUUACCUUACCCCUGCCAUAUACUGUGUUAUUGGUUCCGUUCGAACCGCACUCUCCUCUGUUGACUGUCUCGACCGAGACAGUUUCACACUCCAAACAUAUCCAGCACUACUUGUUCAUCGCAAGGACGUACUUACUGGUAUGGCCAGACUUGUGACCCAGACAAAAAGACUGGGCCAUCGAGGGCUGGAAGAGCCGACCUCGCCCGUCAACGAUGACGGGCCCAGACGUGCUCUGGCGACAUCUCAAAGCUUUGGGGCGCUCUCACAGUCCGUGUCGGAUAUGUCCGUUUCAAGUGGCAGCGCCAGUGGCAGUAGCCAGGGGUGCGCGACAUCUUUGGCGUCCGUCGACAUUGAAGAUGUCGAUGUCCGUCGCGAGCUAGAGCGGUCUCAAGUCGUGUAUGAGAGUAUGCGCGAGUUUAUAAUUGCCGUCUUUGAAUGCGGCCUCUCGUUGCAGCUGCCACGCUCGGGCGUCGUGAGCCUGCUUGGACUGGCAGAAGACGAGGACGAUUACAUGGAAAACGACUCUGAAGGAGAAGGCAGUUGGGAGGAGGAUCCCUCAUUUCGGUUUCACGUGCGGUCUACCUCCGCCUCCGCAGACGGGGGUGUCACGGAAGGAUCGGCGUCGCAGCGGCCUGGCGUGUCGGACAUGAGUGCGAGCGACAAGUAUGCAAUGCGCGCUCGUCGAUUUGCAAAGACUCGUCCUGGACAUGCCCGCGGACGAGCGUCCUCGGUGGCGUCGAUCGGUUCCGCAUCUGGUAAUGGUAAUGGUAAUGGGUCCAUUUCCGGAGGUUCCCGCAGCUCUGGUGGAUCACUUGCUGGCCGUCAAGCACUUCCGACUGCCCAUGAACAUGUUGAAACCGUUACCUCUCCUCGCCAAGCCGUCCCCGCUCGGGCAAAGCCCACCCAACGCUCACGAGCGCCGUCAAAUGCCUUGAAGAUUAGUGAAGGCUCUGGAAGGACUUUGGAGGACAUGAGGGAUGAAUCGGCACAGGCUCUUGUUGCAGCUUUACGCGCGGCGAAAAGCCUCGGCGACCUUCGACACCGGUAUGGACUCGACAAUAACUCGCAAUCCACCACUCCUGUCCCCAGGAAUUCAGCCUUGCUUGGACGACGGCCUUCUACUCGGGAAAAUCCGGUCAAGGCGAAUCGCCGUGCAAAGGUCAUUCAUGGGCAGUCGUUGGGUCCCAUGCAGGAAAGCGAGUCGUCCUUGUCGAGCAACUCCUCGGACGAUAGUCACCAUAGCAGGUCGUCUGAUGGCUCCAACGAGUCGGAAGCGUCCAGAAUUCCUCUCAUACCUCAUGGCCCAUGUACCAUUCCCCGCAUCGUCAACUCGCUUCGCAGCAUUCAAGACCGCCUCCUCCACAGCUCGGCUGCCUUUAUUGGUGCAGCUCAGUAUCACUCGACAUCUUCGAAUCCAGCCAGUAAAGGAUAUCUCGUCUCGCUUACGCGCGAAAUCGUGGACUUUGUUCGUGUCCUCUUGAUCAUUGCCGACGCCGUCACGUGCAAUGCAUCUGUUCGCGAAAGCUGCGAGGCUGAAGUCGAUAUGGCCAGGGAAUACAAGGCUCGUCUAUAUGCGCAGAUGAACAGAGUGGUCGAUAGUGUUCGCCAGAUUGCUACUGUUAAUUCUGUGCGAAGCGAUGCCGGCUCGUCUCAAGGUCACGAUGAUUGCGAACAAGAGAUUAUCGGCGUCUGCAAACGAGCGCAUCUCGCGAAUAGCUGUGCGCGGGAGCUUGUCUUGUCGCUCAAGCUCUGCUUGAGCAUCCGGAUGAGCCGCUCACGGACAGCUGGAGAGUUACGUAUCGAUAUUCCAGAAGAAGUCUCCAACAUUUCCUCCCAUGCUCAUACGGGCAGCCAAUCGACGACUGCCUCUAUCAAAAUGCCCCCGGCUCCGUCUUUUGACGCCACUACCCCUAUCAACCUUUCUUCCCCUGCCGACAAUACUCCUCGCCCCUCUAACUAUGUUCAAUCUUCGUCGGAGAGACCCUCUCUCGAGCAUACCCAACGACUCAGAGCCCAUACCACCCGUGAAGCGGGUUCACAGCAUAUUCUUCCACGCUCAUUACACAAAAAGGCGGCCAGCAUGGUGGGAAUCAACGCCGUCUAUCGCCACUCGCCCAGUAAUGCUCAGAGCCAAGCGGCUCGUCUCCAGGCGCUUCAGGAGGAGAGACGGAUACGAUUCCAUAAACAGCAAGCGUCCACCGACUCGAAUAGCACUCGACCAUAUGUUCGAAUGAGGGAGGAGCCAGAGGAGGGCGAUUCUGACCAGGCUCCUCUGCUCAUGCCUGACGCAGAAGAGUCUGACAGUCGCGAGGAUGGAGGAGCAGAAACUGAGGACAGCAUACUCCCUUACUCUACUGCACCACGCGUUACGCGACGGUCCAUCGAUCAAGUUCGCCGCUCACUUGAGCGAGGUCUGCUGAACCCGCCAUCCGUCGAGAUGCUCGAACCGUCUACACCAAUUGAUGGGCCGGAACAGAUUGUGGAGAUUGAGGAGGAGCCAGAGGAACCAAGUCGUCAGACGGGCGACAAAUCGCUACCUGCGACCCCAAGUCCGUCGCAAAGGGCCGACCCGCGAUCCUCGGUUGAUGUUCCAAAUUCUGCCAAAUCUAAAAUGACGGGAGGCCUCAUGUUUAACGACGAUGGAUCUCUCGCUGGAGGUACCCUCCCAGCCUUCAUCGAGUAUCUCACCCCAUCCGAUGCGUUUGUCGACUUGAGCAUCGUUUCCAGUCUCCUCUUGACAUUCCGUCUCUUCGCCACCCCAACAGAACUGGCCGAGGCAGCCAUCUAUCGUUUCUAUCAUCCCUUGGAAAAUACUCUCAGCGAGAAGGCUACAAGUGCUGAAGAUGAAUCCGCAACUGCAGACAGGAUUCAAUUCCGCGUUCUCAACCUCUUGAAGGAGUGGGUCAGAUCACAUUGGUACGCAGCACGAGAUGUCGAGGCGCUUCCAACCCUGCAAUCGUUUUUGCGAAGCGUCUUGGAGGGCGAGAACAAGGCCGUCGCGGCGUUGGCCCAGAGGAUCGUCACCGAGUUGUCUGGUAGACGGGACAGCGUCGACGCUUCUGGCUUCUCUAUGGAUAUUAGUCGUGACGUCGUGGAUCGCAUGCGCUCAGCUGGUCGUCUCCCAACCAAGCAGCUGGUCACGGGUUCCCCCGUUGCCAGUACACCAGUGACACCUAUCGCUGGUAGCUCGGCCAUGGAGUUGCCACGAAUCUCCAAGAGCUUGAUCAACCAGCUCAAGGCUCGACAGUACGCCAACGUCAACAUACUCGACUUUAAUCCGUUGGAAUUGGCAAGGCAACUUACUCUGCUCGAGAAUCGGCUCUACUGCCGAUUACGUCCUGAAGUGGUCGUGGAAUCCACGGACGCGGUCAAACCGGCGGAUGUCAGGGCUAUGAGCGACCUCAACGCCGUCAUUGUCACCUGGAUUGCGAAUACGAUUCUCAAGGAGGGCCUAGAUGUCAAAAGGCGUGUCGCGUAUAUGAAAUUCUGGCUCAAGGUUGCAAAAGAGAGUUUGGUUCUCAAAAACUUUAGCUUGGUGCAUACGAUCGAGUCAGCGUUGCAAAUCGCACCAAUCCGGCGACUCAAAUCGAUCCGGGCGAGCCUUCCGCAGAAGUACAAUGCUUACCUAGAAGAGUUUACCCAGUUCACGUCCCUGAGCGGAAACUUUGCUGCGUAUCGUUCGGCUUUGAAGCGGUCAGAGGCACCAGGGAUUCCAUUCAUGGGCCGUAUCCUUUCCGAUGUCGUUUUGCAAAAGCAAGUUCCCGCAUUCCGCCCUUCGCCAAAGGAUCCAUCGGUCAAACUCGUCAACUUUUCCCGCUGUCGAAGUCUCGCUGCGAUCAUGGCUGACAUGAUCCGGUUCCAGCAGCCUUACAACCUCAAAGAGGUCGCAGAAAUUCAGCACUAUCUGAAUUACACGCUUGAUCGCUCGCGUCUGAUCGUGUCUGACGAUGAGUUGGAUCGUCUUAGCCAACUUAUCGAAUCCAAACAACCGGAUGAUAACCCCAAGGGCAAUGACCUCUUCAACUGGAACUUUGGAUCUCUACGCGGUCCCCCCGUCUAUGCCUCGUAA